GUUCUUCUUCCAACUGUUUCUGCUUUUGAAAGCAAAGGCUGUGAGGUGUGCUUUGAGCUUCAGAAGCCGAAGAUCUGACACCGGAAAUGUCGACGGAGAGGCACUCCUCUGUGCCGGCGAUAUCUCCGGAGGAAAACGCGCUCUUCCUCGAUAUACUUCAUGAAGCGCCACUGUUCGGUCACCGGAAGCCUACGAGAAUCUACGGCAGCGUCCUUUACUGCAUCCUGCUGUUACAACCAGGUUGCCUCUACUAGAAUCUCGAAUAUAUCAAAGUACUGGUGGCCAAUACAAAUGGCAGGUUAUGCCAUUGUGGCUGCUGGAGCUCCGUGGAUUUUUCAGCCAAUUCACAGUUUUAUUUCCCCUAUACUUUGCAGUUGUAAUGCCGCUUUGCUGAUAAUCACAGGCAUAUUUCAACAGUAUUUGGUUUACCAAGUGCAGAAAAUACGUUUGCAGGGUUACUAUAGUUUCAGCCAAAAAUUGAAGCAUGUUGUCCGUUUGCCCUUCGCAGUUACUGCAUAUGGAACUGCUGCAAUGCUGCUUGUCAUUGUCUGGCAUCCUAAAAUUACAGUGUUUACUAUACCACUUAUAUUGAGGAUUAUAAUGAUCGUUGAAGCAAUAUGUGCUGGUUCUUUUUUGAGUAUCUAUAUUGGAUACGUGCAUCAGUACAAUUCACUUAAUUCCCAGCCUGAUGUCUUGAAGUCUCUAUAUUCUCCACUUCAACAGUCAAGUUCCUUGGAAGGUGUAAGGUAUGAUGGGGGACGGCUCUCUGACCAGCAGAUGGCCUUGCUGCAAUAUCAGCGUGAGAACCUUCAUUUUUUGAGUGAGGAGAUUCUCCGAUUGCAGGAAUCCCUUAGCAAGUAUGAGCGCACUGAUGAUGGGAGCACACCUCAGGUUGAUCUUGCGCAUCUAUUGGCUGCUCGUGAUCAAGAACUGAGGACUCUUUCUGCUGAGAUGAAUCAGUUGCAAUCUGAGCUAAGGCUUGCUCGUUCCUUGAUAGCUGAGAGGGACUCUGAGAUACAGCGUGUUCGUACGACGAACAACCAGUAUAUUGAAGAGAAUGAGAGGCUGAGAGCUAUCCUGGGAGAGUGGAGUGCUCGGGCGGCAAAGCUUGAACGAGCCCUUGAGAUCGAGAGGAUGAAUAACCUCGAUCUGCAAAAGAAGAUCUCUUCAUCGCCAACGAACCAAUCAAAGAAGUGAGAAGGGACAUGACUGCUGCCCCUUGACAGCAGAGAAUUUCUCAGUUUCUUUUUCUAACCGAGCUUGUGUACAGCUUCUGUUUCAAGUAGUUAAGUGUCAUCUUUUGGCUUUCAAGGCUUUCUUGUACAAUGGACAACAGAUUGAACUAUAGGGGAAUUCGAGUUAUUGAUCAUUAGAGGAGCUUUUGAUGCAUGAAAAUGCUAUCGUGUAUGCUUUCUUUGUUGUUAAUGACAGAAUUUGUCGAGGCAGUUAUUUAUCAA